UAUGCCGCAGCGGCGCCAAUGCCCCGCCCACCUCGGUAAGAAGAGUCAUUUCCGUGGGCGGAGAGACAGCAGCCAGCCGAGUCGCCGGCACAGCGCCUCCGGCAAGCCCUCCCCGGUCGGAAGUGGCGAAUGAACCAAGCGGUGGGCAGGGGCCGACUCCCAAAAUGGCCAGGGUGGAGGCCCAGGGUCGCAUGUGGCUGGAGAGCCCCGCUGGGGGAGCGCCUCCCAUCUUCCUGCCCCCAGGAGGGCAAGCUCUGGUCCUGGGCCGGGGACCCUUGACGCAGGUUACCGACCGGAAGUGCUCCCGAAACCAGGUGGAGCUGGUCGCUGACCCUGAGACUCGGACGGUGGCAGUGAAACAGCUGGGAGUUAACCCCUCAACUGCCGGGACCCAGGAGCUGAGACCUGGUUUGAAGGGCGCUCUGGGGGUGGGGGACACUCUGUAUUUGGUCAAUGGCCUCCACCCGCUGACCCUGCGCUGGGAAGAGGCCCUCACUCCAGAAUCCCAGCCAGACACUCCACCCAGUACCCCUCCUGUGACCCGAGAGGGAGAGAAGGAAAAUGUUGAGCAGCAGAAAAAGCGGAUAAGGAAGUCAUCCCCUGGCUGGGAGACCUUCGAGAAGCUGCUGGUGUUCACAGCACCUGGUGUGAAGGCUCGGGGCAAGGUGGCUGGUUUUGAUCUGGACGGGACCCUCAUCACCACACGUUCUGGGAAGGUCUUUCCCACUGGCCCCAGUGACUGGAGGAUCUUGUACCUAGAGAUUCCGCGGAAGCUCCGGGAACUAGCCGCCGAGGGUUACAAGCUGGUGAUCUUCACCAACCAGAUGGGCAUCGGGCGCGGAAAGCUGCGAGCGGAGGAGUUCAAAGCUAAGGUGGAGGCUGUGGUGGAGAAGCUGGGGGUCCCCUUUCAGGUGCUGGUGGCCACGCACGCAGGCUUGUACCGGAAGCCGGUGAGCGGCAUGUGGGACCACCUGCAGGAGCAGGCCAACGAGGGCGUGCCCAUCUCCAUUGGGGACAGCGUCUUUGUGGGAGACGCAGCGGGACGCCCAGCCAACUGGGCCCCUGGGCGCAAGAAGAAAGACUUCUCCUGUGCAGACCGCCUGUUCGCCCUGAACGUGGGCCUGCCCUUCACCACACCAGAGGAGUUCUUUCUCAAGUGGCCCGCGGCCCGCUUCGAGCUCCCAGCCUUUGACCCGAGGAGCGUCGCCCGCUCUGGGCCUCUCUGCCUCCCCGAGUCCAGCUCCCUCUUAAGCUCAGACCCGGAGGUGGUCGUCGCCGUGGGAUUUCCUGGGGCCGGGAAGUCCACCUUCCUCCGGGAGCAUCUCGUGUCAGCCGGAUACGUCCACGUGAACAGGGACACUCUGGGCUCAUGGCAGCGCUGUGUGACCGCAUGUGAGGCGGCCCUGAAGCAGAGGAAACCGGUCGUGAUCGACAACACAAACCCCGACGUCCAGAGCCGGGCCAGGUACAUCAAGUGUGCCCGGGAUGCGGGCGUGCCCUGCCGCUGUUUCCUCUUCAGUGCCACCGUGGAGCAGGCGCGCCACAACAACCGGUUCCGGGAGAUGACCGAUUCCUCCCACGUGCCCGUGUCCGACAUCGUCAUUUACGGCUACAGGAAGCAGUUCGAGGCCCCCACGCUGGCUGAAGGCUUCACAGCCGUCCUGGAGAUCCCAUUUCGGCUGCAUGUGGCACCGCAGCUCGAGCGGCUGUACCGACAGUUCUCAGAGGGCUGAGCCAUCUUGCGCCCCCCACCCCGGCCCUUGCCCCUCCCCACAAUAAAUGCUAUUUUCCCUAA